AUGUCUAUUUACGCAGCUCCUGCAAGAACCCCCUCUGAGGCACGAUGUACUACCACUUUGCAGAAGCCUUCUUCACAGAAUACCUUUACCAGCAGCAAAGUGUCUGGGCAGCAACUGAAACCGCAGGUGUCGGGAGAAGAAAAGGAUAGUCUGCUUUCGUGUUCUCAGAAUAAGGCUGAGGAAGUAAAUAGGACCUACGUGAUUUCAGCCUGUAAAAAAGCAUGUGACACAUCAACUGCAUUUUUACCUGAAGGCAGAUUCGUACUCCAGAGGAGAACAGGAGCAAACAAAAAAUCAGUGUCCAGUAGUGAACAAUUGCAUACAAACACAACACAGGGCAUGGAAACCACACAAACCGUGAACAGACUUACACUGCAGAGGCGUGUGAGGACAGGCUCUAUACAGAAGAGUAAAAUUAGUCAAAAUACUGUGCCUGGAAUAGAAAAUGAUGACUCUGCUGCACAAAGAAAUUACAAGACUUCACUUCCACCAAAUAUUAAUAAUAAUGACACCCCUGAUGUUAACCCAAGCUUUAAAUUAGCUGAGAAUCAGUCAAGUACAAGGUUGCAGUGUAACAAGAACAGCAAGGAGUCCUUUGGCUUUGUUGAUAGUCUGUGUGAAAAUGAUGGCUGCACGCGUUUGAAAUGUAGGACAAGUACUGCUGACACAAAAUUUCAAAAUGAAGUUACUAAAUCAGAACAAUUAGUUAACUCAAAAUACGUUAAUAGGAUGUCAGGAGAACAACUGAAUGAAAAAGGUAAUAUAAAUAAGCUAGCUGGAAAGCAAAGGUUACAACACUCUGUUAUAAAACAUAACAGUUUGGAAAGACCAAGGACAUCCACAAAAAGUUUGACAGAAGGAUUUAAGCUCACACCAAAGAACAGCACUUCUCAGGAUCAACCCUCUCUAUCUGCUGUGAAUAAACGAACACCUCAUCGUCACGUUUUAGCUGAAAGGAAAACUAGUGUCUCCAGCUCCCCUUUCGUGAGAAGUUCAAAACCAAAAGAGACCACAGAAGCUCUAGCUGAGAGCGAUAGCACUGAGAAAGAUGUUUUCAAAGUGGAAAACAGCAAAGUGAUUGUAGCGGUGCGUGUACGGCCUUUCAGUAACAGAGAGAAAAAUGAAAACUCACUCCCUGUGAUCUCCAUGAGUGGUUCAGAGACAGCUGUACGGAACCCAGCCACAAACCAAGCUUACAGCUUCAGUUUUGACUUCUCUUUCUGGUCUUUUGACAAGUGUCAUCCUAAUUUUGCAAGCCAAGCAAUGAUUUAUAAAACCUUGGCAGUGCCACUCCUAGAAAGAGCUUUUGAGGGAUAUAACACUUGUCUUUUUGCUUACGGACAGACUGGCUCUGGAAAAUCAUACACGAUGAUGGGAUUUGGUGAAGACCGAGGAAUAAUUCCAAGACUUUGUGAAGAUCUUUUCACUCAAGUAGCGCAAAUGGACGAGCAGCAGGUUUUGUAUCAUCUUGAAAUGAGCUUUUUUGAAGUAUACAAUGAGAAAAUUCAUGAUUUGCUCGUCUUUAAAGCUGAAAGUGGACAGAAGAAACAGCCACUUCGUGUAAGAGAACAUCCAGUGUUAGGACCGUAUGUGGAAGGUCUGACAGUGAAUGUUGUCAGUUCUUACUCUGAUAUCCAGAGUUGGCUUGAACUAGGAAAUAAACAGAGAGCAACAGCUGCUACAGUAAUGAACGACAAGAGCUCUAGAUCUCAUUCUGUCUUCACCCUUGUCAUGACGCAAACCAAGGUAGAAUUUGUGAAUGAAGAACAAUGUGACCGCAGGCUUACCAGUCACAUCAAUCUAAUUGAUCUAGCUGGUAGUGAAUGCUGCUCAACAGCUCAGACCACUGGAGAAAGGCUGAAGGAGGGUGUGAGUAUCAAUAAAUCACUGUUAACCCUUGGAAAGGUUAUUUCUGCACUCUCUAAACAAUCUCGAAAUGGAAAGCAAACUUUCAUUCCUUACCGGGAAUCUGUCCUUACUUGGUUGUUAAAGGAAAGUCUUGGUGGAAAUUCACAAACUGCUAUGAUUGCCACAGUGAGUCCAGCUGCCAGCAGUACAGAAGAAACACUCAGCACUCUUCGCUAUGCAAAACAAGCUUGUUCAAUUAUCAACAUUGCUAAAGUAAAUGAAGAUGUGAAUGCCAAGCUAAUCAGAGAACUGAAAGCUGAAAUUGAAAAACUGAAGGCAGCUCAGAAAAGUGCUCUGAACACUGAUCCUGAAAAAUACAGACGUUAUUUGCAGGAAAUAACAUCUUUGAGGGUGAAAUUGCACCAGCAGGAGAGGGACAUGGCAGAAAUGCAAAGAGCCUGGAAAGAAAAAUUUGAACAAGCAGAAAAAAGGAAAUUAGAAGAUGUCAAAGAAUUGCAGAAAGCAGGAAUUGCAUUCAAAAUGGACAAUCGUUUACCAAACCUUGUCAAUCUCAAUGAAGAUCCUCAGCUUUCUGAGGUGCUGUUGUAUAUGAUCAAAGAAGGAGAAACUACAGUUGGAAGGUAUACACCAAAUUCGAAACAUGAUAUCCAGCUUUCCGGAGUGCUAAUUGCUGAUGACCACUGUGUUAUAAGAAAUACUGUUGGCAAAGUGAGUAUUAUUCCUCUGAGAGAUGCAAAGACAUAUGUAAAUGGGAAAUGCAUUUUAGACCCAACAGUUCUGCAUCACGGUGAUCGAGUGAUCCUUGGGGGAGACCAUUAUUUCAGGUUUAAUCAUCCAGUAGAAGUUCAGAAAGUUAAAAGGCAAUCUUGUGGGACUACGUUUUUGCAUGAUGGUCCAAAAGAUUUUGAAUUUGCGAAGAAUGAGCUGCUUAUUGCACAGAGAACACAGCUUGAGUCAGAAAUUGAAGAGGCGCGACUCAAAGCCAAGGAAGAAAUGAUGCAAAGUGUCCAGAUUGCGAAAGAGAUGGUUCAGCAAGAACUGACCUCACAAAAAGAAGCUUAUGAAAGCAAAAUAAAAUCACUGGAAGCAGAGGUGAGAGAAGAAUCUCGUCAGAAGCAAAUUCAAGAACUGAAUAACCAAAAAGCUGAAACUAAAAUACAGGAGCUAGAGAAGGCAAAGCAAAGUCUUGAGCUAGAACUACACUUCAAUAAGAAACGUUUAGAAAUGGAGACCUUAGCUACUAAGCAGGCUCUAGAAGAUCAUACUAUUCGUCAUGCAAAGAUACUGGAAGCUCUGGAAGCUGAGAAGCAGAAGAUUGCUGAGGAAAUACACGUUCUUCAGAAGAAUCGUGGAAGUGGGAAUAAAACUAUGACUAUUCCACUUAACUGGAAUUCUCUGAAGCUAUCUGUGAUGAUCAAAGAGGCCAACACUAUUAGUAACCAGUUGGGGAAAAAUACUGUUUUCUGCAGGUGA